UCGAUGGGUUAAGUACUUCCGGCCAGUGAAGGCGGAAGUAUUAUGUCUGGAGACUACAUGCGAUUUAACUGCAAAAAUUAUCUUUCGUGAUGGACGCCUCACCCUUCUGCGGAGUCCCGCCCAUCGACAGUGACGACAGCUGCCUCAGUGACCGUGACAGCGACGAUGACAGCAGAGCGACUCCAAGUGACAACAGCAGCACUGAUGAAGACUCUGACUUGAAUGAUGACACAGCCGCCAGCAUCGGGGCUCCCACUACGAGGCGGCAAUCAGCCGCCGCUUCGAGGAGAUGGGAAGAGGUAGCGUGGGACAGUGCGCAGAAGCAGAACUUCACAAAACAAUUCCCGGUUUGGCAAGGCACCCUCCCUGACGCCGAUGAAACCAGAGAACCCGUCCAAUACUUCCGGGACUUUUUUGACGCCGGGCUUUUGGAAACCAUCGCUCAACAAAGUAAUCUCUAUUGUGCACAAGAAGAUCCAAACUGUGCUCUGAGAUUGGAUCAGAGUGAGCUGGAGCAGUUUAUUGGGAGUGUCAUUUAUAUGAGUGUGGUACGCUUGCCGAGGUUAAGAAUGUACUGGGCCACUGAGUGUCGGGUACCGCAGGUGGCCGAUGUGUUGUCUCGAGACCGCUUUGAAGAAAUUUCAAAAUUCCUCCACUUCAAUGACAACAACCACAUGGCAGCCAGCAAGGACAAGCUUUUUAAAAUCCGACCUGUUGCUGAUUCUCUUCUCCAAAAAUUUCAGGCUCUCCCUCAAGACCAAAUGCUGUUUAUCGGUGAACAGAUUGUCCCUUUCAAGGGCAGAUCUAUUCUAAAGCAAUACAUGCCAAAGAAGCUACAUAAAUGGGGCUAUAAAAUUUUUGUACUUUGCGACACAAAAGGCCUGGUUCAUGCGUUUCAUAUAUACACAGGGAAAACGGAUCCAGAACCUGGGGAUCCUGACAUCGGGGCAAAUGGAAAUAUCGUCUUAAGGCUCGCAAAAGCCGUCCACUCCCCUGUGAAUCACCUGCUGUAUUUCGACCACUGGUUUUCCUCCUUGGAUUUGUUUGCUGCACUUGGGAAUAAGGGGGUACCGGCGCUUGGGACCAUGCAGGAAAACCAACUCCAGGGAUGCCGUUUCAGCAGCGACACAGAUAUGAAGAAACAGGGAAGAGGGACGUUUGAAGAGAGACGGGUCGCCAUUGACAAUGUGGAGAUAAGAGCAGUCAAAUGGUUCGACAGUAGAGCCGUGAUCGUUGCCAGCAACUUCCCCGGUGCCCGUUCUGUUUCCAGAGUCAGGAGAUGGGACAAAAACUUGAAACACAAUGUUUUUGUGACAUGCCCAAGCAUCAUUAGCCUGCACCAUAAGUUCUUAGGCGGCUUCUAUGCUCUCAGAGAGCUUAUUGCAUCUAACCGCAUCCAGUUUAGGUCCAAAAAGUACUACCAUAGGUUCUUUUUCUACUUUAUCGAUAUAGUUAUUGUAAACAGCUGGCUGUUGUAUCAGCGGCACUGUGAUUCGCUGGAUGUUCCCAGGAAGGAGCAGAAGGAUCUGCUUGCUUUUAGGACAUCGAUAGCACAGGCACUCUGCAUGCAGUACGAGGAAAUUUCCAACAUUAAGAGGGAGCCGCCUUCAUCUGAUGUUGAAAUCCAGAAAAAGAAAUAUCGAGGUCCAAAUAAGGCUCUGCCGACGCUGGAAGUCCGUUCAGAUGCUGUGGGUCACUGGCCACUGGUUGUAAGUGAGCGGCGACGCUGCAAGCGGUCCAAAUGUAAAGGCCAGAGCACCUACACAUGCUCCAAGUGCAAUGUGCAUCUGUGCCUCAACAAGAACAACAACUGCUUUAGAGAAUUUCACAAAUAACAGUAGUUUCUUCUCUAGAGCAGAGGCAUCUUUAGGAUUCAAGCUGUAUUCCAAACACUGACGAAGGAACAGUGUCAAUGUUUAUUUUAAAACUCGUUAACUCGCUAAACUCGUUGAGAUGUUCAGGUCCUACUCCAUCACAUUGAGAGGAGUCUGGCUGCAGAGCUGCACUGAGGUCUCCUGUGCUGUUAGAACACAAAGUUUAUUCGAAGCUUUAAGUAAAAGCUAGAGUAGAUAAACUCCCCAUGAACCUAGCUUCCAUUCACAAACAAGUGUUGUUAUAAUGGAAACCUAUGUACAAGCACAAAUAUACUCCCCACCAAACUCCUAUCUGGAAUAAUGGAUAUGUGCUACAUAGAAAUAAGUCGCUGUGUUUGGAUCGCUGGAUGGAAAAGAACAUUUGGUCUAUAAGACAUUUUCUAAAUGGCAAUGGAGGUUGGCUGUCCUAUGAGAAUGUUUGUUUACUGUAUAAUUUAAACUGCUCCUACUGUAUGCUAAACACUGAUAAAAGUAUUCAUGUGUUUUCUCAUUUGCUCAUUACAUUUCACUUACUAAUUUAUGACCAAAGUCAUUUAAUGGAAUCCUCUGGUCUAUUCGCUGCUAGCUAUUUCAAAGAGGGUAAAGAAUCAUUUAACUAAAGGUUACUGGUUCCUGAUUAAGCAAAUCAUUGAAUAAAAUAUUAUUUGACCAAAUGUUUCAUGGAUUUGCAU